ACCGAGACCCAGCCGGGAACUGGAGAGGCCAAGCAAACGGCGCUUCUCCGAUUUCAUUCCAUUCCAUCACACAAGACACAACCAAGCGACCGCGACGCCCACGGCACCCCUCCCUCGCCCUCUCUCCCGUCCUGUUCGCGAUUCGAUUCGCCUCCCCACCUCCCGUUCCGCCGCCGCCCCAUGCCUCCUGCCCGCCCCAUCUGCGCCGGCUCUUGACCCCGCCGACGACGCCAUGGCUGUCGAUCCCGCCAGAGGGGAGGGGGAUUUGGAGAUUGGGCUGGCGUCGCCGGAGUCGGACGGAGGGGUUUCGCCGGUGGUGGGCCCAGGCCGGCAGGCGCUCGACCAGUCGUCGCCGCGGGCGGUGAGGCGCCCCGGGCUAGUGAUGUCCAACUCCGGAAAGCGGCUGGACCAGUCGCCGUUGUCGUCUCCGUCGCGUCCGGUGCUGCUGAUGUCCCACUCCAGCAACCGGCUGGAGUACCAGGCGCCGGGGCGGCCGGCGCUGGUGAUGUCCCGCUCCAGCAACCGGCUGGACCAGUCGCCCGCGUCGUCCCCGACGCCGACAAAGGGCCCGGCGCUCGUCAUGUCCGGCUCGAGCAAGCGGUUGGAGCAGUCACUAGCGUCCCCGUCCCCGUCGCCAAAGGCCGGGGCCGCGGCGCCGCCUGUGCUGGUGCUUUCCAACUCGGGCAAGCGGAUGGACCAGGCCGGGCGGAAGAAGUACGUCAAGCAGGUGACGGGCCGGCAAAACGACACGGAGCUCCACCUUGCCGCGCAGCGCGGGGACCUUGACGCCGUGCGGCAGAUCAUCGCCGAAAUCGACGCCCAGAUGACCGGCACCGGGGAAGAGUUCGACAGCGAGGUGGCGGAGAUCCGUGCUGCCGUGGUCAACGAGACCAACGAGGUGGAGGAGACCGCGCUGCUCAUCGCCGCCGAGAAAGGGUUCCUUGACAUCGUCAUCGAGCUGCUCAAGCACUCUGACAAGGAGAGCCUUGCUCGGAAGAACAAAUCCGGAUUUGAUGCUCUGCAUGUCGCUGCAAAGGAAGGCCGCCGAGAUGUUGUGAAGGUACUCCUGGACCAUGAUCCUUCCCUUGGGAAAACGUUUGGCCAAUCCAAUGUGACUCCUCUGAUAACUGCGGCGAUUAGAGGCCACAUCGAGGUAGUGAACCUUCUGCUCGAGCGAGUUUCUGGGUUGGUUGAGCUAUCAAAGGCAAAUGGAAAGAACGCCUUGCAUUUCGCUGCCCGUCAGGGGCAUGUUGAAAUAGUUCAGUCUUUGUUAGACAGUGAUCCUCAGCUUGCUCGGAGGACUGAUAAGAAAGGCCAGACAGCUUUGCACAUGGCAGUGAAAGGAACAAGCGCUGGGGUUGUUAGAGCACUCGUGAAUGCUGAUCCAGCCAUAGUCAUGCUACCUGACAGAAAUGGCAACUUAGCUUUGCAUGUUGCCACAAGGAAGAAAAGAUCUGAGAUUGUAAAUGUGCUACUGCUUCUUCCGGACAUGAACGUGAAUGCACUGACUAGGGAUCGCAAGACUGCAUUUGACAUUGCAGAGGGCCUUCCGCUGUCAGAGGAGUCUGCAGAGAUAAAGGACUGUUUAUCCCGUGCUGGUGCAGUGAGAGCAAAUGAUCUGAAUCAGCCUCGGGACGAGCUCAGAAAAACUGUGACUGAGAUCAAGAAGGACGUGCAUACUCAACUUGAGCAAGCCAGAAAAACUAACAAAAAUGUCCAUGGCAUAGCAAAGGAGCUGAGGAAGCUCCACCGGGAAGGCAUCAACAAUGCAACAAACUCUGUCACUGUUGUGGCUGUGCUCUUCGCUACAGUCGCAUUUGCUGCAAUAUUUACAGUGCCAGGCGGUAACGAUGAUCAUGGCGUAGCAAUAGCCGUGCAUGCAGUAUCCUUCAAGGUCUUUUUCCUCUUCAAUGCCGUCGCCUUGUUCACAUCAUUAGCAGUAGUGGUAGUCCAGAUAACACUUGUUAGGGGUGAGACCAAAGCAGAGAGGCGGGUUGUGGAGGUUAUCAACAAGUUGAUGUGGCUGGCUUCUGUAUGCACCACAGUGGCAUUCAUAUCCUCCUCUUACAUCGUGGUGGGCCGGCACUUCAGGUGGGCGGCGCUUCUGGUAACCCUCAUCGGCGGGGUGAUCAUGACCGGCGUGCUCGGUACAAUGACAUACUAUGUGGUUAAAUCCAAGCGCACACGUUUGAUCAGGAAGAAGGUAAAAUCAAGGCGGAGUGGCUCACACUCAUGGCAGCACAACUCGGAGUUCUCGGACUCGGAGAUAGACCGGAUAUACGCCAUAUGAAGCUGACUAUGGUCGAUGGAUCCUCAGUUUUGUUUGGCAGUGAUACGACACGAAUGUAUAAAAGAAAUUGGAUGCCACUCAGUAUAAACAGAUUGACCCUCUGUGGUGCCAGGGGUUUACUGUAUAGUACAUUCCAAUAAGCUGGUGUGAACUGCCAUUUUCCACUCUCUGGAUGAGCAGGAGCCGACGGUCUUGUUGUAUACUACUGAAGAUAGAUUGGUCAUCAGAAUUAUGCCUGAGCCUGUGCUGUGCUCCCUAUGCAUGGCUGGCCUUCAUCAGAUUUCUCUCAGCUUUUUCUUCCCACUUAUGUUAAUAUCUGUGGUAGCAGAAUAAUGUGUACUUAGCCUUGUGUUCCGUGCACAUCCUGUUGUGCGGCAUGCACAAUGUUGUUGUAUGGUAGCUGAGAAUGUUCUAGAAACUUAUGCUAGUCCUUGAGUCCAGGCACUGAGAGGAGACAUUGAGGCCAGGAUUCCUUUGCUAUUU